CAGUAGGAUAUCACACUCACUCUAAAGGCAGGCCUAGAUCAUAAAUUCUCACAAAUGUCGAAGCGUGGCUGAUCCAAAACCACAAUCGCUUGCAUCAGACUCGGAUUUAUAACCUAAACCCCAACAGAGAUUUCAUUUUGAGAAGCACAAAUGGUGAAGAACAUUUGGGAACUGAGUAUUGAAGAUUUUGUGGAGGCAGGCUUAAACCCAGAAGCGGCUCUGGAAUUCCACAACAUUCUGCAGAAUGCGCUGUUCAUGAUCAAAACAUCAGACCCUAGAGACAUUUGGCGCGAGCUCAUGGCUCGAACAGUGUUGAAGCCCUCACAUCCAUAUGGGUUGCAUCAGCUUGUUUAUUACUCUGUUUAUGCUGAUUGGAAUUUCUCCUCCAAUGGACCUCCUCCCUAUUGGUUUCCUUCUCUGGAUCGAUCUAAGCUAACAAACUUGGGAAGGAUUAUGGAGCUAUAUGGUCCAAAGCUGUUGGGAGCUUCAUAUAAAGAUCCCAUCUCAAGUUUCAGGCUCUUUCAGGAAUUCUCCUCUCAGAAUCCUGAGAUUUACUGGUCAAUUGUUUUGGAAGAGCUUGGUGUUACUUUUCAAAAACCACCGAGGUGUAUUUUAGAUAUGACUGAGAAGUCAAAGGGAAAAUGGCUCCCUGACUCCAUUUUGAAUAUUGCCCAUUGUUGUUUGCUUCCUUCAAGUCGUCCAUUCAGAGAUGAUAAUAGUUUGGCAAUUGUAUGGAGGGAUGAAGGCUGUGAUGAUUCAAAUGUGAACCAUAUGACACUUAAAGAACUUCGAGAGGAAGUAAUGUUGGUGGCUAAUGCACUUGAUGCAACGUUUUCAAAGGGCGAUGCUAUUGCCAUUGAUAUGCCAUUGACAGUCAAUGCAGUUGUUAUAUAUUUAGCUAUUGUUCUAGCAGGACUUGUUGUCGUGUCGAUUGCUGACAGCUUUGCUGCCAACGAAGUUGCCGUUCGUUUGCAGAUAUCAAAGGCAAAGGGAAUCUUUACUCAGGAUUUCAUACUGAGAGGAGGCAGGAAGUAUCCUUUAUAUAGUCGAGUUAUAGAAGGUGGAUCAUGUAAUGCUAUUGUGAUCCCCGCAACUGGAAACAGAUUGGAAGUGAAUUUGCGAGAACAGGACCUAUCAUGGGAAGAAUUUCUUUCCACUGCAAAGGAUCUUCCAAGAUCAAAUUAUUACUCUCCAGUGUUUCAUUCAAUAGAUGCCAUGACUAACAUUCUCUUUUCAUCUGGAACCACAGGAGAGCCGAAGGCAAUCCCGUGGACACAACUUUCACCCAUUCGAUGCACGGCUGAUUCCUGGGCUCAUAUGGAUGUUCAGGCUGCUGACAUUGUCUGUUGGCCUACAAAUUUAGGAUGGGUGAUGGGGCCAAUUUCAUUGUACUCAUGCCUAUUAGCUGGUGCAACUCUUGCACUCUAUCAUGGAUCUCCCCUCGGCCCUGGAUUUGGAAAGUUUGUCCAGGAUGCAGGAGUGACCAUUUUGGGAACAGUUCCAAGCCUGGUAAAAACAUGGAAGGAUACAAAGUGCAUGGAAAACUUAGAUUGGACAAAGAUAAGGUAUUUUGCCACAACGGGGGAAACUUCAAAUGUCGACGAUGACCUCUGGCUUUCUUCAAGGUCGUAUUACAAACCGGUAAUCGAAUGUUGUGGUGGCACGGAACUUGCUUCAUGCUACAUCAUGGGAAGUCCAUUACAACCACAGGCUUUUGGAGCUUUUAGCACACCAUCUAUGACCACAGGAUUUGUGAUCCUUGAUGAAUAUGGAAUACCUUACCCAGAGGAUCAGGCUUGCGUUGGUGAAAUAGGAUUAUUCCCUUUGUAUCUGGGAGCAAGUGACAGAUUACUAAACGCUGAUCAUCAUGAAGUUUACUUCAAGGGAAUGCCAAUUUACAAUGGAAUGCAACUGAGGAGACAUGGAGACAUCCUUAAAAGAACUGUUGGAGGCUAUUUUGUUGUUCAAGGUAGGGCUGAUGACACCAUGAAUCUCGGCGGGAUCAAGACAAGUUCGGUUGAGAUUGAGUGCAUAUGCAACAAUGUCGACGAGAGCAUAUUGGAAACGGCUGCAGUGAGCGUGUCGCCCAGAGGAGUUGGUCCGGAAAAGCUAGUCAUUUUGGUGGUGCUAAAAAGAGGAUACAAAAGGUCCACAGAAGAGCUGAAAGUGAAGCUGUCAAAAGCAAUUCAAAGCAAUCUCAACCCAUUAUUCAAGGUUGGGUUUGUGAAAAUUGUGCCAAGCUUCCCGCGAACUGCUUCCAACAAGUUACUGAGAAGAGUUCUGAGGAAGCAGAUGAAGGAUGAGCUCUCCUAUGCUGGAACUAAACUUUAGAGACAAGAAAAUA